AUGAGUGAAUCAAGAGAAGAACUUCAGGUACGUGAGACAAACCCUGCAGCAGAUGAUGAAGAGACACGAAAAGAAAACUGGAAGAAGAAGAUUAUUGAAAAUCUCAGCAAAGUGGACCAAACAAAGUACAAAAUCUUCUACCCCGAGAACGAAAUACUAGUCGAAGGAGAAUUUUGUAUCUAUAAAGUUCCAGAUAAACUUCGGCAAGUCAAGGUGGAUGCCUACCGCCCUCGCGUUGUCUCAGUGGGGCCUUUGCAUCGAGACAGUGUUGAUAACCUUGCACCAAUGAAACAAUAUAAAUGGUUUUACAUGAUGUCAUUUUUUCAGCAAAAAGUGGUUCAAGAUCCUGAAGAUCCCAAGUAUAGGAAAUGCGCUGAACAACAGUCUCGGAAAUGUCUCGAAGACUGCACCGAGGCUAUUUAUGGUUUGGAUCGAGUGGUUCGCCAGUGCUACACCGAAACCAUCAAGUAUACAGAGGAUGAGCUUGCAGAAAUAAUGUUACUUGAUGGUUGCUUCAUAUUGGAACUUUUCCUCAGGUUUGACCGAAGCUUAAAUUAUAUAAAUUCUGACCAAUACAAAUCUGAUCCAUGCACAGAAAGUGCUUGGAUGAUUGCUGCUCUUCGGCAUGAUCUGGCAUUACUUGAAAACCAGAUCCCCUUCUUUAUUCUCGAACUUUUAUACGAAGCUAUCAAGCCUUAUGUCAUUAAGUGCAAACUGCCAAAGUCGGUCACUAGCCUUGCUCUCAAGUUCUUUCAGCCUCUGAGCCUAAAGCAAAUAAAAGAAGAGACGGGAAGUUUAGAGUUCAAGCAUUUGCUUGAUCUCUUGCACAAAUUCUACUUCCUCUCAAUCGACGACGUGUCAAUUGAUAUUGAUAAGGAAUCCAGCCCCGAGAGUGAAUGUUCAGGCCUUUUGAGGAAAAUAAAAAGAAAGAUUAAACAAACGUCAUGCCUUGAUCCUGAUCAUGAUCAAUCUGUAGAGCCAGCAAGCGAUACAAAGUGGGGAUUGAACCAUUGCGCCUCACAGCUUUUGGAGUCGGGAGUGGAGCUGAAAGUUGGGACAAGUACUGAGGACAAUUUGUUGAAAAUAACUUUCAAGGAUGGGGUAAUUACAAUUCCACAAGUGCUCAUUCAUGACACGACGAGUUCACUCUUUCGGAACCUGAUUGCUUAUGAGCAAUGCAGUCUUGGCAGUACACAUGGCGUCACGUCGUAUGCCUUCCUCAUGAAAAGUCUCAUCCGUUCCUCAGAGGAUAUCAAACUGCUUCGGAGAAAAAAGAUCAUAAAGCACAAUCGGAUUGGAGACAAACAAUAUUUGACUGAGUUUAAAAAUAUCUUAGAUGAAGUAGUUGUUGUCAAGGACGACUUCUGUUUUGGUAAGCUUUGCGAACAAGUGAAUGAAUACCGAAACUCCUGGUACAAUUGGUUCAGACUUCAGGUACUUUUAAGGGUGCAAUUCCAAAGGCAGAAAAGGAUCCUUUGUACCACAUAUUUCUCUACAACAUGGAAAGUCAUAUCAUUCAUGGCUGCGGUUGCCCUUCUCCUUCUCACUUCCUUACAGACAUACUACACAAUUCACCCUCGCCACUGA